AGUGGAGUGGUGACUGCCUAAGACUGGGACACAAAGUCCAAUUUCUUUGUGUACUCCAACCCAGUUCCCUGCAUUAGUCUCAGCUUCAAAUCCCCACCUGGAAAAUUAGCCCCGGCACACUAUCUUCCUACUCAGCAGAGGUGAGUCUGGAAGCACCUUAGCAUUUGUGCUUUGCAUCCUGCUUGGACCUGUAAAGUGGCUUUUCAGCAGCUCCUAAUUUCACCUUUUGGAAACUGAGGAUGUAGGGCUCAGGAAACCAGAAAAUGUCAGGUCCGAGUGAGAGAAAAGAGCGAGCUGAGCAACACACAGAGCUCUGUGUAUUCAGAGGCAAGUUGGCAGGGUUGUACUGGAACAGAGAAACUCCAAGUGGUACAAAGAGACGUGCCCAGAGUGGAGAAAUCAUGCUCAUUGUCUGCACCAGAGCCCAAGAACUCAACCCAAAAUGAAGAGAGAAAGGGGAGCUCUGUUCAGAGGCUCCAGCGCCCCAAGCCUCACUCCUUUCGUCUGCCUCCUCCUGAUCCAGACAGGCUCGCUGGAAGGGGUGAACAUCACAAGCCCAGUGCGUCUAAUCCAUGGCACUGUGGGGAAGUCGGCUCUGCUCUCCGUGCAGUAUAGUAGUACCAGCAAUGACAAGCCAGUAGUUAAGUGGCAGCUGAAGAGGGACAAACCAGUGACAGUGGUACAAUCCAUUGGCACUGAGAUCAUUGGCACCUUGAGGCCUGACUACCGUGACCGAAUCAGGCUCUUUGAGAACGGCUCCCUUCUCCUCAGUGACCUUCAGACAUCUGAUGAGGGCACCUAUGAGGUAGAGAUUUCCAUCACUGAUGAUACUUUCACUGGAGAAAAGACCAUCAACCUCACUGUAGACGUUCCCAUCUCAAAGCCACAGGUAGUGGUGGCUUCAUCUACUGUCCUGGAGCUCAGUGAGUCCUUCACAUUGAACUGUUCCCAUGAAAAUGGUACCAAAGCCAACUAUACUUGGCUGAAGGAUGGCAAGCCACUCAGCAAUGACUCAAGGAUGCUCCUGUCCCCUGACCAAAAGGUGCUCACCAUUACACGAGUGCUUAUGGCAGAUGAUGACAUCUAUAGCUGCUUAGUGGAGAACCCCAUUAGCCAAGGCCGAAGUGUCCCGAUCAAGCUUACUGUGUAUCGGAGAAGCUCCCUCUACAUCAUCUUGACCACAGGAGGCAUCUUUCUCCUUGUGACUUUGGUGACAGUCUGCGCAUGUUGGAAACCCUCCAAAAAGUCUGGAAAGAAGCGGAAGCUGGAAAAGCAGGGCUCUCUAGAGUAUGAAGAUCAAAAUGAUGACCACCUGAAAGCUGAAGUAGAGACCCUCCCGAGAAGUGGAGAACAUGAAAGGAAGAACCCUGUGGCCCUGUACAUCUUGAAGGACAAGGACCCUCCGGAAGGGGAGGAGAGCUCCACCCCCGACCCUCGGAGCACCACUGAGCCAGGCCCGCCGGGUUAUGCUAUCUCUUCCACCGCGCCAGGCCGCUCCCCCGGGCUGCCUAUCCGGUCAGCCCGCCGCUAUCCCCGCUCUCCGGCCCGCUCUCCGGCCACCAGCAGAACACACACCUCCCCCAGCCGCUCCCCGAGCUCCCCCGGCCGCUCCCGCAGCUCCACACGCACCCUCCGGACUGCGGGCGUGCACAUGAUCCGGGAGCAAGAGGAGGCUGGCACCGUAGAGAUCAGCGCCUGAGUCCUCCCAGGGUCCUGCCUCCACCUGAUGGGACUUAAGUCUCCCGUUUGGGGGCAAGGCCAGAGAGUUUCCAGGGGAGGCCAUGUGUGUUUGUUGAAUCAGAGCGUGUGUAAAGAGAUGUGAGUGAGGGUGACUGACGGUGAACCCGGGCAAACGUGUGGCUGAGCGUGCCUGAGUGGUGUAGCAGGCGUCUGACCUUCCCGUUUAACAGCUGGGUUCCCGGUUGACAGCAGCAGGUGGGUGUGGAUUGUGUCCUCUUAGGAUCUGCCUAUAGAUUAUUAAAUUCCAGGCCUAUCCCUACAGGAGCCUUAUGGAGAUUAACAACAGUAAUCCUAACACUGGACUGGUCUGUGCCCCUGUCGAGGGCUCCUAGGUUUUUACCCUUCACCUCUCCUUCCAUAUUCCUGGCCUGCCCACCUCUGGGAGCUCCUUUUAACUAGUUAGGACAUUGAAACACAAAACAAAAGGAUCAAUUUGCCCAAGAGCUCAGAGCAGUUUAGGACUAGAGAAAAUGACAAGAGCUUUAGUUAAGGCAGGAACUAUGUGUCCAAUCCUUGAGGAGACCAGAGGCUGCUCACAUCACGGGGGAAAUCAAUAGGCGGGUGACUUUUAUAUCAACCCAUACAAUUCCUCACCCCUCACCCCAAGGUGGUUAUUAUAUGGGUGUUUCCUUUCUACACUGUAGGCUGGUAGUUCUGCAUAGAAGGCAUGUGCUUGAGAAGAGAAGGUUCUGCUUUGUGGUGGAGAGAAUUACUUUUCCCAAUGUCUCAGUCAUGGGAGACCUUGGACAAGUUUCUUCAUCUCUUUAGGCCAGGGGUUUUUCCUCAUUUGUAUGUAAACCCAUUCCCAAGGGUUACAUGUAAUAGGAGUUUGGAUUAGAUUAUCUCCAAGGUCUCCUUAAAUUCUAACAACCUAUUAGACUAUGAGUCUGUGGUAGGUGAAGAGGGGGAGCCCCUUGGCUUGUGUUUGACCCCAAUUUGCCAAGUAUACAGCUUUCUUGGAAACUACACCCUCCUGACCUGGGUCCCACAAAGAUCUCUACUUCCUCUGCACAACAAAAGGCAGUCCUUCCUGUCCCUGUUGAAGGGGACACCCCACCUGAGAAGAAGGGGUUAGGGGCUUUAUCCUUUGGGAACAAAGAUUCUACACUACCCCCUAAGGAGUGUGUCCCUUCCCACUGAAUCUUCCUCUCCCCACCACAACUUCCAUAUCUUCCCUCUCCCAACAAAGCUUGCAAACAAUCAGAAUCCCUGGGAAGGAAACUAGAGGCCCCUAUUGGACAGACCUUGCUAACUGUUUUUCUCAUUUUUGGAUAGGAGAGAGCAAAGGAUCCAGUCUUUGGAGUGGAUUCCCAAUGACUCAGACUCCUGAGAAGUUGGGCAGAUCAUGUUCUGACUCUUGACUCCCUGCCACUCAAUCUCCCUCUCUCAGACACCUGGGUCUUUGGGAAGCAAGGCAAGGUUAUCUUCCCUAAUUGAACUAACAACUCAAUAGUGAGGCUAGGCCCUCGUGUAGUUGGCCUUGUGUUUCUGCCACCCAUACUGUCCAUUAGAGAGGCAAUAAUCUACUGUGUGUGGAGAGAAUGCAAUUAAAAAGCUGAAAGUGAGGGAGGCCCCCUUGAGGGAGCCAGGCUCUGUGCACUCUGUCCUCCCAUACGCUUCCAGGGGCUGGAACACUCCCCUUGCGUCUUCCCUAUCACAGCCACCUGUGAAGAACGCAUCCUUGACCUUAGGCAACUACCUCCUAGAGCACAGGCUCCUCCUCCAGGGGUUGAUUGAAAUGACUUAAGCCCUUUAGCCUGAGACCUUUCACUUUUUACCACUUUUAAAACUGAUCCUAACUCUAGUUUCAGGCACUAAGAUUCCUAGAUCUUGACCCCAGAGACUGCUUGGUUCCUUGGGUUCAGAAAUGCCCUGUACCCCCCCCAACUUAAUAAUCCUGGGAUGUUCUGGGUAAAUACCAAAAUAUUCCCAUCAUGUAAAAAAAAAAUCAAUGUAAUCACACCAGACACGGGU